AUGGUAUAUCGUUCUGAAGCAGCUAAAUGGAAAGCUUAUCAAUUUAGUGAUCCUUUCGCAGCAGGUUCAUUUUAUGUUUGUAAUAAAUUAAAUAGGAUGUUUUGUCGUCCAGAUUGUGAUGCAAGACCAAGAACAAAUUUAAAAUCAGAAAUUAAAUUUUUAAAUUCAAGUGACGAGGCAAUAAAUAAUGGAUUUUUACCAUGUGAAUCUUGUGAUCCAUUGCAUAGUGCAAUAAUUGAUGUUAAUUUAUUAAUCAAAUGUGUCUCAACAGUUAAUACAAAAAUUGGUUUUAUGCCACCACUUUUAGAUGAAAAUGAAGAAUUGAAUUCUAGAAAAAUUAAAGAGAAUAUUUUAGAAAGUAAAAAGGCAAAUGAGGAACAAAUAUUAAAAACCAUAAAUGGAAAUUCAAAUCAAUCAUCCGAAUUACCAAUGCCAUCCAACGAACAUAGAUCAUCAGCUCCAGUAUUUAACUUCCAGGGUAAGGCAUCAAAAGAUUUAGAGAGUACUUCAAUAUCCAAAAAUGAUUCAGAUCAUUAUAGAUUAGUUGACUUAGCUUGUCGUCAUUUAGCUUUAGCUGCUGCCGUAAACGUAUUUCAACCAAAGCCAAUUGCUUUGACUCCAGAAGAAUCUUCACCAGGUACUAAUCCAAACGGUUCUAAAAAAAGAAGGAGAAGAGGUGGGGUUUUAGGAUUUAAAGAGUUGGCAGCAAAAUCAAAAUUAAGUGCUUGGCAUUUCCAUAGAGUUUUUAAAUCUGUUACUGGUUUAACUCCAAAAACAUAUGGUGACAAAUGUUGGGAAUUUAUUAAAAGAGUUAAAGAAAGUGGUGAAUAUACUUCAUUUGAAAACUAUACUUCAACCAACUCACCAAAAACUAUAUCAUCAUCAUUAUCACCAAAGUCUCCAACUGAUGUUUCCAAUUUAUCUCAACAACAAACACUACCAAAGCAGAAGAAAAUCAAGUUAGAACAAAUUUCAUCACCAUCAUUAUUCACAACUCAACCAUUAGCUGAAGAAAAAAAAUUAUUAGAUCAAUCUAUAACUCCUCCACAAUCAGGAUUCCCAUUACCAUCACAACAGUUUCCAAAUCAUCAACAUCCAACAACUCCAACGAAUCAAGAAACUUCAACAUCAUUAAGUCAAUUGAAUACUAUACAGUCAGAAAUGCCAGAGUCAUUUUAUCAACAAGUUCCAUCAUUUGAUGAUCAAUUACAAGAUUUACCGACCUUAAAAGAUGAUGAUACUCAUUUACAUAUGAAGGCUUUCUCUUAUCCAGAUUUAUCUAAAUUUAGAGCUGAUUCCUUAUUCAAUCAUUCACAAAAAUUACAAUAUAAUUUCCCACAACAACAAUUACCACAACAAUUUAGUCAACCACAAUAUUCACAUGACACUACGAAUGAAUUUGGAGAUUUCUUGAAUAAUAAUACAGAUUAUUAUGGAUUAAGUAGUAAUAAUGGCGGUCAAUUUGGUGGAUCAAUGAUAAAUUUACCUGCAUCAGCUACAUCAACAACUUCAUCAUUUGAUGAAUUUGAAAUUGAUCAAGAUAAUUAUUCAAAUCCAUCAUCAACAACAACUAUAAAUAACAAUCAACCUUUACAAAAUCCAAUAGUACCUAAUUUCAAUUACGAUGAAUUAGAAUUUUUACCAUCAACUUUUGAUGAAACUUUAUUAUCCAUGACAACACCAUUUUUAAUACCAAAUAGCAACAAUAAUUACAACAAUAAUAACAACAACAAUAAUUUCAGCGCUGGCGCAGCUUCAACUACCAACACUACAAAUAAUGUUAACAAUAAUGACGAUAUUUUUCUUAAUGACACAACUAGUUUUUUUGCAAUGAAUCCUCAAUUAGCUACAAGUAUUGGAUUAUAG